AUGGACAUCAAAGGCCAGUGCUGGACAGAUGAGGAGUCAGACGGGGAGAAUGAGUCCGAGCAGUUUCUCUAUGGCAUUCAGGGUAGCUGUGCUGCUGACCUCUACCGUCACCCUCAGUUAGACGCAGAUAUCGAGGCAGUGAAAGACAUUUACACUGAGGGCGCCAUCUCUGUCAGGGAAUAUGGGACAAUAGAUGACGUCGACAUAGACCUCCACAUAAACAUCAGCUUUCUCGACGAGGAGGUUGCAACAGCGUGGAAAGUCAUCAGAACAGAACCUAUUAUUUUAAGACUGCGUUUUUCUCUCUCACAGUACCUUGAUGGACCCGAGCCAUCCGUAGAGGUAUUUCAGCCUUCUAACAAAGAUGGAUUUAGCCUUGGCCUACAGCUAAAAAAAAUCCUGAGCACAUUCACUUCUCAGCAGUGGAAACAUCUCAGUAAUGAAUUUCUUAAGGCUCAACAGGAAAAGAGACACAGCUGGUUCAAAGCUGGAGGAACCAUCAAGAAGUUCCGAGCUGGGCUAAGCAUCUUCUCACCCAUACCAAAGUCUCCAAGUUUCCCUCUAAUACAAGACACCGUUCUAAAAGGAAAACUUAGUGUUCCUGAACUGAGAAUGACCCGGCUGAUGAACCGAUCCAUCUCCUGCACAAUGAAGAAUCCUAAAGGAGAGCUGUUUAGUUACCCACCCAGUACUCAGACUGUGGCUGUCCCAGCGGCCAGGGCCCCUGCGCAGAUUACCACGAGGCAGCUGAUUGAAUUGUUUUUCUCGUCCCAGGCGGGAGGGCACUGCAAGAAUAUCCCUACACUGGAGUAUGGAUUCCUAGUGCAGAUAAUGAAGUACUCGGAGCAAAGGAUCCCCACUCUCAACGAGUACUGUGUGGUCUGUGAUGAGCAGCAUGUCUUUCAAAAUGGGUCAAUGUUAAAGCCUGCAGUGUGCACGAGAGAGUUGUGUGUCUUCUCUUUCUACACUUUGGGUGUGAUGUCAGGGGCAGCAGAGGAAGUAGCCACUGGAGCUGAGGUGGUGGACCUUCUAGUGGCCAUGUGUCGAGCAGCUCUUGAGUCGCCUCGAAAGAGCAUCAUCUUCGAGCCCUACCCUUCUGUAGUUGAUCCCAAUGACCCAAAAACGUUGGCCUUCAAUCCUAAGAAGAAGAAUUAUGAGAGGCUUCAAAAAGCAUUAGACAGUGUUAUGUCUAUCCGCGAGAUGACACAGGGUUCUUAUCUAGAAAUUAAAAAGCAGAUGGACAAACUGGACCCGCUUGCCCAUCCCUUGCUACAAUGGAUUAUUUCAAGCAACAGGUCACAUAUUGUCAAGCUACCUCUGAGCAGGCAACUGAAGUUCAUGCACACUUCUCACCAGUUCCUGCUUCUGAGCAGCCCACCAGCCAAGGAGGCCCGGUUCCGCACCGCAAAGAAGCUCUACGGCAGCACCUUUGCCUUUCAUGGCUCUCACAUAGAGAAUUGGCACUCGGUUCUGAGAAAUGGCCUCGUCAAUGCCUCCUAUACUAAACUACAGCUGCAUGGGGCAGCUUAUGGAAAGGGCAUCUAUCUAAGCCCCAUCUCCAGCAUAUCUUUUGGAUACUCAGGGAUGGGGAAAGGACAACACCGCAUGCCCACCAAAGAUGAGCUAGUGCAGCGAUACAACCGGAUGAACACCAUUCCACAGAGUCGCCCAAUACAAUCAAGAUUUCUUCAAAGUCGAAAUCUAAAUUGCAUUGCUCUAUGUGAAGUAAUAACGUCUAAAGACCUUCAGAAACACGGAAACAUCUGGGUGUGUCCUGUGUCCGACCACGUGUGCACUCGGUUCUUUUUUGUGUAUGAGGACGGACAGGUUGGAGACGCCAAUAUCAACACCCAAGAGCCUAAGGUGCAGAAAGAGAUUAUGCGUGUAAUUGGAACGCAGAUCUACUCCAGUUAA